GUUUUCGUUCAAAACCCUCAAAGGACUCGAUCAAGUUUAUAUUGCGGUCAAAGCUCAUGCCUUAUCAAGAAACGAAAAAAUGGCUGCGACGGUGUCAGAGAAAUUUACUGCUGCAGUAAAAGUCGUCCAGUGCAUGCCCAAAGAUGGGCCAUUUCAACCGUCGUAUGAAAUGAAGAAACGAUUCUACGGCUUGUACAAGCAGGCUACAGUAGGUCCAUGCGCUGAACCUAAGCCAGCAUUCUGGGAGGCCAUCAAGCGAGCAAAAUGGGAUGCUUGGUCCCGACUUGGUGGCAUGCCCAAAGAUAAAGCCAUGGACUCCUAUGUUGACAAUCUUCUCGAGGCCAUGCUGAAAAACAAGGAAGGCGAUCAAGGCAACAUGCAGCAUAUUGUCGAGACGAUGCCAAUCAGUGAAGACGUCAGUGCCUUCUUAAAGGCCAUGGGUCCUUUCUUUGAGGCAGUCAACGAGCCACUAGGAGUUCCUGAGGAAGAGAAGUGGAGAUUCUUUGAAGGGUCUACUCCCAAAGACAAUCCACAACAUAAGAACGGAUCAACCAAUGGAGACCAUGCCUCAGAUUCUCAAGAAGACUUGAAUGGUGACAGUUCACCAAUCGUUGCCUCCUCUGCCCUGGCCAACCACACAAGACCAGUUGAGAGUGACAGUACGGUCAUAGUCAAGACAAAACUGAAUGGAGCAAAUGGCAGCGUUGGACCAAAUGGAGAUGUAUAUCGAGACCAGAGUCAUCCGUUCGUCAGCAUGGCCGAUGGGGACCUCAGUCCAGAUACAACCCACGAGGACCCGGCCAGGGAAACCAACGGGAUGGACAGGAGCAGCUGUACGAGCGGUGACGUGACGGUAAGCAGCGACAGUGACACGGAGAGUGAAGAUUUCUGUGAUUCCAUGGACCAGCCGGAUACAGAUCAGAUACCACAGCUUAUGAAAGCCUCCGCCAUCGAAGAACCCCUCAAAGCAAUCAGGGAGGAAGAACUCCUCAUGACCUCAACCCCCCUGGCCAGAAAGGUCACGACCCAGGCCGAAGUUCACCAGUUCAGAGGUCAUGAUUACAGGAACGGCGACGCCCAGCUACACAACUCAGAAGGAAUAGAGAACGGAGAGACACCCAUCAGUGUGAGAGGAGGAGGGGAGGUGACCCAAGUAGGCAGAGGUCAAGGCGGUAGAGGUCAAGGGUCAAGCGAGGGUGAUCAGAGAGGAUUCGUAGGACCAGGAAGAGGGUAUGGUUUGGAUAGCACCGGCGGUGGCAGGACCCAAUCGGGCGGUCAGAGUGGAGCAGCCGGAGGUAGAGAUCCAACCGACAGAAGAGGGCGCUCUUCAUCUAUUGACAUCAGCGAGCAGAUCAACAUUGCUCUCCAGCGUCUGCAGAGUGACAUGAGUAGUGUGUUGAUACGUCUCAAUACACUGGAGGCGCUGGCUCUAUCUCAGGCACAACAGGCCCAAGCACAGCGGCAGGUCAACCCUGAGGGUCAGACCCCAUCAACCCCUCCGUCCCAUCGCCGUUCCUGGCUCUCCUGGCUCUUCCCGAGGGCCCUCCCCGGGAGGACCGUCUUCUUUCUCCUUGUCUGGCCUCUCAUCGUCAAUGUCCUCCUGGUGCUAUGGAGGAGGAGGAGACAUCGACAUCUCAGGCGGUGAUGUGGAGGAAGUGUCUCCGGGCGGGUUUCGUAAACUUGGUUCACAAUGGUUCACAAAGCCUUUCAGUCCCCCCAUUGCCGACUUGAAGACUGCUGAUUCCAGACCUGUGUCCAUUUUAGGAAUGUCAGUGUACGUUAGUACACCAGGAUUCCUCCUCCAAUGCUUAGGGGUCCACCAAUAUGAACUAAUCAGGAUGAACUGAAUUGUUGCAUUAUUAAGUAAUUCUGAUUGAAAGACCAAGGAUGCCUCAACAGAGAACUUCACGUCUUAUCUGAACAAAAUAAAUCAUGAUUAUAGAAACAAAUCAUGAUGAUAUGAGCAGUGGCACUAUUAGGUAACUGUGAUGAAAAGAUCAAGGAUGCCUCAAUAGCGAACUGAACUACUUCACGCUGAAUGACAUGUCUAUCUGCACAUAUUCUGGGGGUAAGACUUAAGUAACAAUUUCGGAUAUUCCUCAGUUUUUAUUGCUGACAGCCGGACGGCUACUUUUAUCCACCCUGAUCCAAGAAGGUGUUCUGCGCUUGUGGUUGCUGAAGGUCCAAAAAGGUCUUCUUGUCUUGAGUUAUCCGAAAGUCCUCUGGUAAUUUAAUGCACAGGUAAUAACUAUCUGGAUUUAGGUUAGAAUAGUGUGCUAAAUCAUUAUCAAGACCUCUGAUUUAGGUUAAUAUAUGCAAAUGUAUUCAAUCUAUUCACCAUAGCAUUCUUACAGUCUGACAAACCAGAGGCUGAUAUGUCUUAUGAAUAUGUACAUGUAUAUACAUCAGAUUUUACAGAAUGAUCACUUACCUUGAUGAAUAGAAAGUUGAGGUGAAACUGCCAAAGAUUUGUUUUCUUUACAGUAUAUGCAAAUUCUCCAUCAUGAUUGGUAGAAACCUUUUAGAAACCAUAAUGGCCAGAAUUGGCUACUAAAAUUACCAUAGCGGCCACAAGUGGCUACUAUAGAUUUGACCUAAUCCAAACUAACCAAAAAGGUCAAAGGAAAGGUCGAGACCUGAAUUGACAUUUUUUCAAUGGUUUCCUUGUCAACUUAGUAUCUUUGUUUCUAAAUUUUAAAAACAAAUUUUCGUUUCACAGGGUUUCUUUUUCACACACAAUGGAAAUCUGUCCAAUAAUCAACAGUAUUAGUCGUGUCUGGGCGUAUGGUGAUGAGAAUUACAGAAAUGACUAGUCUUAAUAGAAUUAAAGUACCGGUAUGGUUGCACUUUUCACUGUGGAGCUAAAAUAAGGGAUGGUACAUCACUAGUUGCAAAAUACCAUCAAAAUGAUCACUUAAAGUAUCGGUAUGGUUGCACUAUUCACUGUGGAGCUAAAAUAAGGGAUGGUAAAUCACUAGUUGCAAAAUACCAUCAAAAUGAUCACUAAGUAUUGAAAUGUGGUCUUAUGUUCUAAAUUAUUCCCAUUUGAUGUCACAAUGUGUAAGGCAACCAUCUUGACAAACACUUCAAUCAUGUUUUUGAACGCAUAACUAUGUGUUAGGUGUAGUAUGCAGCAUGCACUGGUUUUAUCAAAUUCUUUGCAUGUUUGGUUGAUAAACCACUUUGCUUUGUAGACAAGUCGAAAUACUUAAAGAAGUUCAAAGCCAAACCUAAGUUGAGUAAAGAUGGCGUCUUUAUGGAACUAUUUUCUGUCAAGGUGCACAAAAGGGAUGGAACAAAAGUGAUGGUUGAAAGACAAGAUGUGGGCAAAUUGAAGUAUAACUGAAUAGAAGACCUAUACAUGUAGUCCAGUCAAUAAAUUCAUUCUGCACUUUUGACAUAAUCUGAGCCUAUGUCAGUGAACUUUGACCUGAUGUGUGAGAUCUGGGUAAUGAGCUUCCAUGUUAAUCAUUAGUGCAGAGUGAUCUUUGCAAAAUCAAAGCUUUGAUUUGUUUUAUUUUCUUCAAAUAGUUUGACGGUGUAUCACUCGUAAUUUGCACAAGCAUAAAUGACACUUUAUAUGUUUUCCCUUCGUUAAAUUCUGUCUUAUUGCCAAAACAAUUAUUGAUUGUUUUACAUGAAGAUGCACAUGGUUUAUAGACACGGCAUAUGAACAUUUUGUGCAUGUGUUUCAUGUGACACGGCACAUAUGUUUCUCUUGACAUGCACAUCCCAUGUGUUUGUUUAUUUUGACAAGAUGUGCACAUGUGUUUAAUGUCAGAACUACGAAAUUUCCUUUAUUUUUGUACCAUUAAUGAUUUUUCUAAUAUUGUGCAAUAUUCUUAAUCUGUUAGGAUUGUGUAUAUGUUAUGAUUUAGUCCAAAUGCAGGCAGAAUUGUUCAGAAUCCAUUAAAUUUAAUGUUGCUGUACAAGUUUUCAGGAAUAUAAACUUCACUGUCUUGUCUUAUAUUUAUGUUAAGUGUUGUGUACCAACACAUUGACC